UUCAUACUAUUCUGCUCAACUUCGUUUUAGCGUUUUUGUUCUGUUCUAAUAAUUAUUUGUUCUUUACUGCGAAUCAGUAUAUCGAGAAUUAUUCAUUCUUAUUCUGCACAUAUAUUUUCUGAAAGUUAUAUUUCGUAAUCUCUGGAUAUUCAAGAUUCAUUUUCCGUAACAUUGUUUCUCAAAGCUCUUUAGAAACCCAUUAGGCUCCGAUAUUUUCAUCUUGAGGUCUUGUUUCUUGUCAUUAGUUUUUUUCUCCGUUGUAACUUUGUUCGUUCAUUCUCUGUUUUCUUCUGUCAUGGCUCCCCCAAAUGAUCCACCCAAACCUCUAUUCGUCAAACUCGGGUUCAACAGUUCGGAGAAAUACUUGAACUUGUCUAAUGGCAACCUUAAUGUCAAAGAUUUCCCCGUUCUUUCUGACGUUCCUAGAAAUGUCACUUUCAGUCCGUUUUCGUCAAUCUGUAAAUAUUCUGAUGCUCCAGUUUCUGUGCUCCAGCGAGUACAGGCCCACUCUCACAAGGGCGGCUUUUUGGGAUUUAAAUCCCAGGAAGAGUCCGACAGGCUGAUGAACUCCCUGGGUAGAUUUAGUGGAAGAGAUUUCUUGAGUAUCUUUAGGUUCAAAACAUGGUGGUCGACCCAGUGGGUUGGGGCUUCUGGUUCUGAUUUGCAAAUGGAAACCCAAUGGGUGCUCUUAGAUGUCCCUGAAAUAAGGUCUCAUGUCAUAAUCAUACCCAUUAUUGAUGGCAGUUUUAGGUCUGCUCUUCAUCCUGGAAAGGAUGGCCAUGUUAUGAUUUGUGCUGAGAGUGGUUCUACUCGAGUGAAAGCAUCAAAAUUUGAUGCUAUCGCUUAUGUUCAUGUGUCAGAUAAUCCGUACAAUAUCAUGAAAGAGGCUUACAGUGCUCUCAGGGUCCAUCUCAAUACUUUCAGGCUCUUGGAAGAGAAACAAGUGCCUUCUCUUGUUGACAAAUUUGGUUGGUGCACUUGGGAUGCGUUCUACUUAACAGUAGAACCGGCUGGUAUCUGGCACGGAGUAAAAGAAUUCGCUAAUGGUGGCCUCUCGCCAAGGUUUCUCAUCAUUGAUGAUGGCUGGCAGAGCAUCAAUCGAGAUGAUGAGGACCCAAAUCAAGACUCAAAAAAUCUUGUUCUUGGAGGAGAACAAAUGACUGCCAGGCUGCACAGGCUUAAUGAAGGGGAGAAGUUCAGAAAAUACAAGAGGGGUUCAUUGUUAAGUCCUAAAGCUCCUUCAUUUGAUCCAAACAAGCCAAAGAUGUUGAUUGCUAAAGCUAUAGAACUGGAGCAUGCUAACAAGAAUCGUGACAAGGCUAUCCAAUCUGGAGUAAAUGAUCUGUCAGAAUAUGAUUCAAAGAUCAAAAAGCUGCAAGGAGAACUAGAGCAGCUUUUUGGUGAAGAGAGCAGUUCGAGCAGUUCAGCCAAUGAAGGCUGCGGAAGUUGUUCUUGCAAGGAUAAGGAUUACGGAUUGAAGGCUCUUACAAGAGAUUUGAGAACAAAGUUUAAAAAUUUGGAUGAUAUUUGGGUGUGGCAUGCUCUUUGUGGUGCUUGGGGUGGUGUCAGGCCAGGAACAACUCAUCUAAAUUCAAAGAUCGCUCACUGCAAAGUUUCUCCAGGACUUGAUGGAACAAUGAAUGAUCUUGCUGUGGUUAAAAUUGUUGAAGGUGGAAUUGGGCUUGUUCAUCCCUCUCAGGCCCAUGAUUUCUACAACUCUAUGCAUUCCUCCCUUGCAGAAUCAGGCAUCACUGGUGUCAAAGUUGAUGUUAUCCACACUCUUGAAUAUGUUUCUGAAGAUUAUGGAGGCCGGGUUCAGCUUGCAAAGGCUUAUUACAAUGGACUUUCAGAUUCCCUGGUAAACAACUUCAAUGGCACUGGAAUCAUCUGUAGCAUGCAACAAUGCAAUGACUUUUUCUUCGUUGGAACACACCAGAUAUCUAUGGGAAGAGUUGGUGAUGAUUUCUGGUUCCAGGAUCCAAAUGGAGACCCAAAUGGAGUUUAUUGGCUACAAGGUGUUCAUAUGAUCCAUUGUUCAUACAACAGCUUGUGGAUGGGCCAAUUCAUACAGCCUGAUUGGGAUAUGUUCCAAUCUGAUCAUUGUUGUGCUAAAUUUCACGCUGGUUCAAGGGCCAUCUGUGGCGGUCCUGUGUACGUGAGUGACUCAGUCGGUGGCCAUAAUUUCGAUCUCCUCAAGCAACUUGUUUACUCUGAUGGCACCAUUCCCAAGUGCCAAUACUUUGCCCUCCCAACCAGGGACUGCCUCUUCAAGAACCCGCUAUUUGACCACAAGACAAUUCUAAAGAUUUGGAACUUCAACAAGUAUGGAGGGGUGAUUGGAGCUUUCAACUGCCAAGGAGCUGGCUGGGACGGCAAAGAGCUGAGGAUCAAAGGCUAUCCAGAGUGUUUUAAGCCAGUUUCAGGCUCCGUGCAUGUUACUGACAUCGAAUGGGACCAAAAGGCAGAAGCUGCACAUAUGGGUGAGGCUGAAGAGUAUAUAGUCUAUCUCAACCAGGCUGAGAAACUACUCUUUAUGACCCCCAAAUCUGAUGCAAUUCAAAUCACUAUCCAGCCAUCCUCUUUUGAGCUUUUCAGCUUUGUACCGAUUAAGAAGCUUGGUCCCGGCAUCAAAUUUGCUCCAAUUGGGCUCAUUAACAUGUUCAAUUGUGGAGGGACAAUCAGAGAAUUGGAAUUCUUUGAGUCUGGAGCUGAUGUCAGUGUCAAGAUUGAAGCGAAAGGGGAAGGAAAUUUCUUAGCCUAUUCAAGUGAACCCCCCAAGAAAUGUUUCUUGAAUGGUGCAGAAGUAUCUUUUGAGUGGUCAUCAGAGGGCAAACUGACCUUGAAUCUUCCUUGGAUUGAAGAGGCUGGUGGCAUUUCUGAUGUAGCUAUUCUCUUUUGAAAUAAGUACAAGGGCUAGCUAUUUACUUCUAAUUUCAUCAAUGUGUGGACUGUAUAUAAGUACUUCUGAAGUAUGUUGAUUUUAGUUAUUUGUCAGGAAACUUUAUUGCUCAAUAUUGAGCUUCGUAAGGGUGUAAUUGUUCCCUUAAUUGUAAACAGCAUUUUACAUUUGAUAUCUUUCUUUCAAAUCAAAAUAAAAUUUGAUGCUCUGUAGAGUGAUUUGCUUGCA